AUGAAAUGUGAGUUCGCCCUGGUCAUGGCGAACUUUAUAUCGUUACGGAGAUUUUCGAGCUACAACCGAUUGGUGAGGAGCACUGCAUGGGUGCUCAGACUUAUUCGACGGUGCCGUGGACAACGCUCCGAUCGAGAGGAUCACGGACUGACGUCGAUGGAGUGCGCUGAGGCCGAGCGCGCACUGAUAAGGCAGUCGCAGGGAGAAGCGUUUGCUGAAUACAGCCAAGGAAAGGCCGCCAAAGGUAGCCGACUGAAUGGGUUGUCACCAUACUUCGACGAGGACGGAGUAAUGCGAUCCAGCGGGAGGAUCGACGACGCGGCGUGUGUGCCAUACAGCGCGCGACGGCCGAUCAUACUGCCUCACGAGGAGGCACUGGCGGAGAUAAUUGUGCAGCAUCACCACGAGAGGAUGUGCCACCAAAAUGUGGAGGCGACAGAAGUUCUGCCAGAGGACCGGCUGGAGGCCAACGGAUGGCUAUUCAAGUAUACCGGCCUGGACUAUUUUGGACCGCUAUUUGUGACUGUUGGACGUCACACGGAGAAAAGGUGGGUGGCAUUGUUUACGUGUCUAACCACAAGGGCUAUCCACUUGGAGAUGGCCCACGAUUUGUCUACAGAUUCCUGUAUAAUCGCCAUGAGGAACCUUAUGAGCAGCAGUGGACCGGUGGUCAGGAUAAGGAACGACAAUGGGAAGAACUUCGUUGGAGCCGAUAGAGAGGCCAGGAAGUUCAGCGAGGUGUUUGAGCCUGCACGGAUCCAGAGCGAGCUGUCGUCCAAAGGAAUUGAGUGGAUCUUUAAUUGCCCGGCGAACCCAGCUGAAAGUGGCGCUUGGGAAAGGAUGGUGCAGUGCGUAAAGGAGGUGCUGGCGCACACAAUGAAGGAGAUCGAGCCCAAGGAGCACGUACUGGAGAACCUGUUGAUUGAGGCGGAGAGCAUAGUGAACUCUCGUCCGCUCACUCAUCUACCAGUGACGGUGGACCAGGAGGCUCCACUGACAACCAAAGAUUUAUUGAAAGGAGUACCCGAUGUUCUGGAUCUUCCCAAAGAUGAUGGACUGGAGUCCAUUAGAUGCGUUACCAGGAAGCAGUGGCGCAUAGCAAGAAUGAUGCGGGAUCGAUUCUGGAAGAGAUGGGUGCAUGAGUACCUGCCAAUACUUGUGCGUAGGGAGAGAUGGUGCAAGCACGUCGAGCCCAUUGGUCGAGGAGAUCUGGUCUACCACGAAGAGAGUGGAAACGAGGCGUCGUGGAAGAGGAGUUCACCGGGAGAGAUGGAAUCCCUCGUCGAGCGGCGGUGCGGACUAACGAUCGAGCCAAGACGACAAUGCGUCCCGCUUCGAAGCUAG